GACCAAUUUCAAAUUCAGUCACUAUCUCUUACGUCUCCGAAUUUGGCGGGACGCAUUCACAAAGAAACACAGAAUUCAGACUCAGCGAAGCUUCGCAGUCGCAGAUAAUGGCUUAUUCGCCACCGGCUGCCGACGAAGACGGAGCACCGUCGUCGGUCCCACCGCGACGGAAGGGAUUCGGGAGAAGGUCGUGGCAGGUAGUAUCAGAAUCAGGCGAAUCACGCUAUGAGGAUGUCGGCAAGUACUGGAUCAUGCGGCGUACAGGACUCCCGGCACGUGACCUGCGCGUGCUUGAUCCGAUGCUGUCUUAUCCUUCUACGAUUUUGGGGCGAGAGCGUGCCAUUGUUGUUAACUUGGAGCACAUUAAGGCUAUUAUUACGGCCAAGGAGGUCUUCUUGCUCAAAUCUAUUAAUCCUUUGGUUGUAGAGUUCGUUCAAGAUCUUCAGCAUCGUAUUUCUUCUCUUCAUGGAAUGCCUCCGGGACAGAGAGAUGAAAUGGACAGUGAUGAUAAGGCUGACCGUAGCUGGGCUUCCGAAUUGCUAAUACAAGGUCUGCACAAGAGGACAUCUCAAAGUUCUGCUGAGAAAAAUGAAACGAACCCACAGACAACUGUGGAUAUACCCGAGAAAACCAGGGAUAUACCUGAGGCCACAUGUCCUAAAGUUGUGCCAUUUGAGUUCAGAGCACUUGAAGCUUGUCUUGAGUCUGCAUGCAAGUGCCUUGAAUCUGAGACUAAAACAUUGGGGGAAGAGGCAUAUCCAGCAUUGGAUGAACUUACUACUAAGAUCAGCACACUGAAUCUUGAGCGAGUUAGACAAAUAAAGUGUCGACUUGUUGAAAUAUCUGGUCGUGUGCAGAAGGUGAGAGAUGAACUUGAACAUUUGCUGGAUGAUGACAAUGACAUGGCUGAAAUGUGUUUGACAGAAAAACUUCUUGCUAUUUCAUUGGAUCAGGCAUCAUUAGAAGAGGAAAUCAACCCUGCACCCGAAGAAGAAGAUGACAGGACUGAAGAUUCAAAGUCAGAAACGAACUCUGAAAUUUUCAGUAGCUUUAAGCCCAAAAUUGAGGAGUUGGAGAUGCUUUUAGAAGCUUAUUUUGCUCAGACAGAUGGCAUCUUACAAAAAUUAUUAGAUAUGAGCGACUAUGUGGAUGACACUGAAGACUGCAUCAACAUCAUGUUGGAUGAAACACAGAAUCAAUUGCUGCAGAUGGGAGUGAUGCUAAGUACUGCAAAUAUGAUACUGAAUGCCGGGAUUGUUGUUGUAGGGUUGUUUGGCAUGAAUAUUACUAUUGAUCUCUUUGACGCGCCAACAAUAAGGUUCUGGGGAACCGUAAUAGGUACAGUUACAGGUUGUAUCGUUCUAUAUCUCUUUGCUAUUGGAUUGGGUGUAAAAAAGAAAAUCAUAGAUAUAUAGACAUGUCACCGUUACUACUCGUAUGCUAAGAGGCCUUUGAAUAUAUAUUCAAGCUAAAAUCUAUUACCACGAGCUUUGGUGUUAUGAUUUUAUACUUCUUGCAUUGUUUUUUAUUAUUAAGAAAUUGAAAUUUAAUUCUAAGAGUUUACCUUCUACCACAUAUGUGCUUUGGGACUGUUUCAACUUGCUGUUUCCUCCAUUUGUAUAUGAA